AUGACGGAUACAGUUGUCGUGGAGGGACAAGUCAAGUUUAGAGAUGGGAAAAAGUGGAAGACUCGAUGGGUCGUUGUUCGGAAGCCUUCUCCAGUUGCAGACUGUCUGUCUGUGCUGGCCUACAAAGACAAGAAAAAAAACAAGGAGCGCCUUGGUGUAACACUGGAGGGCAUCUACGGUGUGGAACCAGGCCCUGGCCAUGAUGGUGUUGGCUUCACCCUCUCCAUCCUCUGCCUUGCACACACACUUGUGCUGGGCUUCCAGAGUCGAGAGGCCCUCCAGGCCUGGGACGCCCGAGUACGCUACGGACUGGGAGAAGUCCACAGAUUUGGUGUCAAUGUGGAACCAGGUACCAAACUGGAGAUUGGCCCUGCCUCCCUUCACCUGUGCAACAAUCUGUUGGCCCUCACCAGGGGCCUCCCUCCCAGUAUCAUUGCCCACUGGAAGCUAUCCUCGUUACGCCGAUAUGGCGCUGUGCCCAAUGGCUUCGUGUUUGAAGGCGGGACUCGAUGUGGAUUCUGGGCAGGAGUUUUCUUCUUAUCCUGCUCAGAUGGAGAGCAGAUCAGUUUUCUUUUUGACUGCAUUGUCAGGGGCAUCACCCCCAGCAGGCUCCCGCAUGGGCUGCGACCCACCCUGCCAGAAAACCUCAAUGUUGACCCAGCAGCAGUUGAAGAACGCAUCAACCAGGAAGCAUCAGAUCUGGAGAAAAGACUCAGCAUGCUGUCCACUUGCAGCCUAGCGACCAGCACAGGCUCCACUUCCAGCUGCAGCACAUCUGUUGCCGGGGAUGACCAGAGCUGCAUUUCCAGCUCCUCUUCCAGCCAAUCAGACACCAGCUACGGGAGCCGACGUACUUUCUGGCCAGAGCCUUUAGUGAAGUUGCACCUCCUCAGCGAGACGGUGCCAAGCUCGUCCACGCUAAAGGCCUUCACCACUUCGGAUGACCGUCUGUAUGCUGCUGUGAUGGGAGACUGUGGUCCAUCUUCCACACAACUCCAUCCUCGUGGUCUCCAUGACAGUGGGCGUCAGAGCUCACUAGACAGCGGCAUCGGAAUAGGGUUAGCAACUGGGAGCUCAGGCAGCUUCUCCUCUUGUACAGGGAGUGUGGACAUAGCCCCUCAGGGAGCAGGGGAGGAAUUUGGCUCCAUGGCCAGUCUACCUGCUCCUCCACCCUCUGCUCCUCCUCCUCCCCCCAAUCGUCUGCCUUCACCUACCCAGUCUACACUUCACCUUGACCACAGUGAUGGUCCCUCUUAUUCCUCUAGGUGCAUUUCUCAACCAUCUCAUAGGCUUAGUGAUGAGUGUCAGAAUUCCAGCCUGCUCGGAUUACACUAUGAUACGCCCAGGAGCCUAAUCCAGAACAGGGUCCUGAGGGACUCCUCGGCUGUUCAGGGACUCUCCUCUGAAAAAGGCAGCCGUAACACGAUGUGUGGAGAUCGUUUUGUCAGUCAGGACCAAGCGCCAGACGGGCUUCCGGGACCCGAACCUCAACGGCAAACUUCGAUGCAGUGCUCCCGCAGCUGGCCCCAUGAGAGGACGCCCCCUGGGGACAGUGAGUUCAUGUCCACCCCUCAGCAACUAUUCUUACCAGGAAGGUCGAUUUCUGGAGAAAAUCAGUGCUGUCAUGCGUUUGACAACUACAUCACCCCAGAGCAGUGGCGCUUGGCGAAAAACAGAAGUUUAAUGACGCAGGUUGGCAACUCCUCAUCUGGUCCAUGGCCUGAUGCUGAUUCACCAGACCAGCUGUGUGUGAAAGAGGAUCGCCAUGACAGCCAGGAGGAUGAUCUGAUCAGGAUGCUCUCCUCGGUGCCACCCUCCGGCCUUCUGCAGUCUAUCACACUGAGCGCAGCCAGGUCACACUCAGCCUACGUGUCGCCGCUUUCCAAUCCAGAGGGUGGCUCCAUCACCAGGUACACCCACCAAAAGAGCAGCGCCGUGGAAACGGCUCAGCAGGUGGGUGUGGCGCACCUACUCGGCACGAAGGGCCGAGGGACUCAGGUGGACAACAGGCGACAAGGGCCACCACCCUGACUGUGUUCCCACAUCGUUGGAUAACAUUUCAGUGCUUAUUCACUGGAGUCUCAGAAUAAGCUAAACUUCUUCCCUUUAACUUUUUUCUUUUCUGAUGAUCUGUAAUUACAGAACAAUCCAUUCCACUGAUAAUACAGUAAAUGCCUGGCAAGUCUGUGAGGGCUUAUUGAUUUGAUGCACAGUAAUCCUCUACAUAUUCACAGUUUGCGUUUCUUUCUUCUUCUUCUUUUUUUUUAAAGAUGCAUUAUACUUGCUUAAAACUCACCUAUUUGUGGUUCUCUGUGUGUUUUUGUGCUUGCUAUCAAGGGCAUGGCAGCCGGAAGAUGGCUCCAAACCCAAAUGACCUUGGAUUUUUUUAAACUAAAAACAUUUGUACGCCAUUUAUUCAGAGUAAUGCAAUAUAUUUAAUAUAAUAUAGAAGCUAAUAUUUUUCGAGGUGGUAGAAUUGGUAUUUUUUAUUGACAGCUGAGCAGGAUGUGUCAGAGGAGAGAGAACAGUUUGAUUUAAAUGUUUUUUUUCCAAUCAUUCAAAUUUGGCAGGCUUGUUAACAACGCUUCCUAACGCAACUUAACCUCUGAUGUAUCCGAAAACACUUGAUUCUACUCUACAAAGACUUUAAAAUGUAAUGGAAUCAUAGUUUGAGGUUUAUUUGUGGAUCGAACUAUUAAUAUAGGCAAUGACUUGCAGGGCCCAAUCCCUGUUCCACCCUGAAUAGAGAGGAUUACUGUAUUUGUUGAGAGUUUGUUCAUUUGCGUGUGGUGUCUUCCUUACCCGCAUGCAUUAAUCCCACAGAAUAGGCCAGAUCCCUUGAAGAUUUAUAGAGGAUUUUAUAUCUCUAUAUUUUUCUGCAUGAGCCUUAAAUCUGCUGAAGAUGUUGUUGGAGGAGAAAGAGACUAUUCAGCAAUAUAUUGAAAUGCCACCCUUUUAAUUGGUUGAGAAUGAAUUUAUUUUUCAAACUCGGGCGCCGAGCGGACCACUGUUUGGGGUUUGCAUCCGUCCGGGUUUGGAUGUCCCGGUGCGCUUGGCAAACAUUCCACAUCAGAGCUCAAGUGCGUUCGAUUGAAAAAGCAGCUUCAGAGUUAUUUCUCAGGUGCACAGUCGGAGAAUCGAGUGAGAUUGGAGAGAGCGAUGAGUCCGCCAGUGCCAUUCUUCAUCACGGUAAUCAAUGCCUGUGCUUGUGGUCCAGGAGAGGGCACAAACUGAUGAAUGGUAAGGCUCUCCGUGUGUGAUCCAAUUUGCCAUCCCCCCUCUUGAUGUCAUCAAGACAAAUAGGCUAAUAUUUGACGCCAAUUUACUUUUAUGGGACUUGUGCGACUGAGGAAGAAGCUUAUGAUGCUGAGUCACCGCAAGUCCGUAUUUUCUCAGCAGUAGUCCGCUCAUUUCACCGCAGGGAUGGAUUUGCCUGACAAAACCUGUAAAUAGCAAAUGCUGUUAUUUAUGAUGAGCUCAUAUGAAUGAUAUGAAAGUAUAUUUUUCAAUAUUACUCUUUGAUGUUGUUGCAACAUAUUUCAUUAAAUAUUCAAGAUUGGUGCACCAUUUUUGACUCCAUUUUUUUUUUCACACACCUUUUUCUGUUAUUGUUGGAUAUUGAAACCGAAGUUACGUGUCAGCACUCCAUUUUCAUGUUUUUAAUUUUAGUUAGUGGCGGCUCGGUGGUAAAGCGUUGGCCUCUUGAUCCUGGACCCGCCUGUGUGGAGUUUGCAUGUUCUCCCCGUGCCUGCGUGGGUUUCCUCCGGGCACUCCGGUUUCCUCCCACAUCCCAAAAACAUUAAUUAGACAAUUGGAAAUUGCCCUUAGGUGUGAUUGUGAGUGCGGCCGUUUGUCUCCAUGUGCCCUGCGAUUGGCUGGCAACCAGUUCAGGGUGUAGCCCUUCUCCUGCCUGUUGACAGCUGGGAAAGGCUCCAGCACUGCCCGCG